UGAAUUUCCCCGCUAAGCUCACUAAGCCACUCUAAAGCCUUUAAACCUCGCAAAGCACUAGCUCUUCAGCUAAUUAAAUAUAUAUCCCUCGUAUAACCUAUUGACACUAUCCGUCGUUUUAUGAGCCUCGCAAUUCAUUUGCGUUGUGAGAUUGUAAUCCCAUUUUGCGUAUUCCACGGACACAAUGACUUCAUUGAGCAGCCAUACACCAUGUGGCUCCUUAGGCGAAUGGUUGGGAAAUCGGGCAACCGACCUCACGACGUAUACACCUGCUAUCGGCUGACAACAUUCAUGGCACUUUGCCUCGGAAUUGUGCCGUAUUACGUGACCAUAUCUUCAGAAGGCAGAGGAAAACUAACAUCCUCCUACAUCGGCUACAUCAACAUCAUCAUACGAAUGGCCAUAUAUAUGGGCAACUCAUUCUACGGUGCCGUCAAUCGGGAUACGUUGAUGUCCAACUUUUUCCUUACGGACAUAUCGAAUGUGAUAGAUGCUUUGCAAAAGAUCAACGGAAUGCUGGGAAUAUUUGCCAUUUUACUUAUAUCGCUGCUGAACCGGAAGGAAUUGCUGAAACUGCUGGCCCUAUUCGAUGGACUUGAGACGGAGGCGUUUCCACGCGUGGGCGUGGCAAUGCAGCAGGUUGCAGCUAAUAAGAAAAUGAAUCGAUUGGUUAUGAUCCUGGUUGGCAGUAUGGUGGCAUAUAUAACCUGUAGUUUUCUGAUGAUCGGUUUGAGAGACACGGCCACAUUUUCCAUCUCAGCGGUGAUUAGUUAUUUUUCACCACAUUUUAUCGUGUGCGCGAUUUCUUUUCUGGCUGGAAAUGUAAUGAUAAAAUUACGCAUAUAUCUGGGUGCUCUUAACGAGGUGUUGAAGAACCUAGCCCAUCAAUGGGACACCCGAAGCCUCAAGGCAGUGACUCAAAAACAGCGUUCUCUACAAUGUCUGAACUCAUUUUCCAUGUACACCAUUGUAACAAAGGAUCCUGCAGAGAUUAUACAGGAGUCCAUGGAGAUACAUCAUCUCAUUUGCGAGGCCGCUGCCACGGCCAACAAAUAUUUUACCUACCAACUGCUGACCAUUAUAUCCAUAGCAUUUCUGAUCAUCGUUUUCGAUGCGUACUAUGUCCUGGAGACCCUGCUGGGAAAAUCGAAGCGCGAAAGCAAGUUCAAAACUGUGGAAUUUGUGACGUUUUUCUCGUGUCAAAUGAUCCUGUAUCUAAUCGCCAUUAUUUCGAUUGUCGAGGGAAGUAAUCGCGCCAUCAAGAAGAGCGAGAAAACUGGAGGCAUAGUGCACUCCCUACUCAAUAAAACCAAAAGUGCUGAGGUCAAGGAGAAACUGCAGCAAUUCUCCAUGCAGUUGAUGCAUCUCAAAAUUAAUUUCACCGCUGCCGGUCUGUUCAACAUCGACCGCACUUUGUAUUUCACGAUCAGCGGGGCCUUGACCACUUAUCUCAUCAUCUUGCUGCAGUUCACAUCCAAUUCCCCCAACAAUGGCUAUGGGAAUGGCAGCUCUUGCUGUGAGACCUUCAAUAAUAUGACGAAUCAUACGCUUUAGAUGGGGGAUGGAAAUCGAAGGAAGUCGAUGGAGCCGGUGAAAUGGUAUAGAAUACGUCCAACAGAAUGUGUAUUUUUUGUAAAUGAUAUUGUUGUUGCUAAAAAAGUGUUUUCUGUCAAUAUGAACCAACGAUUGGAAAUAAAUUUUUUAAUCGGUUA